AUGAAACCGUCGAUGCGGCGGCACACGUUUGCCUCCGUCGAGAAGGCUCUGGCGGAAUCAAUGGCCGCCAUCGGAGAGAAAAAGAAGGCAAAGAAGGACUUCGGUGUUUUCGCCAUUUCGGUGCUGCCAUGCUCGCUUAGCAGGGUUGUCCGAAAAAAGGGAUCCGACGCGAGGCGGCCUCGCGAAACGCACACGGCGACAUCGGCCAACCGGUUCAUGCUAGACAGUGCGACAAAGUCCGAAGCAACGGCCUUGUCUGGAAAUCACAGGGGCGAGGCGGCAGAGGCAGACGAGGAGAAAGAUGGAAGUUCGGACUUGGCCGCACUUCGCCGUUGGCAAGGUCGCUGUGGCUUGCAGCAGCGCUCGGUGGAUUUCUUUGGUUCGCACACUUUCGUUGCCGGUCGAGGAGAGCGGGGCGACUGGGCAGUUUGCUCUGCUUCCUCUCGUCCGGCGGCAAUGACGGGCAAGAACGAAGAGGUGGCGGAAGGGAGUGCCGAUCCCGCUUCCCACCUCGCCCAGCCUGACACACGCCUCGAUCAAUCAGAGCACGACAUCGGCGAAGCCGACAGACGACGCUGCGACACCGGCGAGAGCUCGGAUGCAGCUGGCCAAGGUGCAGGUGCAGGUGCAGAUCUGGAAGCGUGGUCCUCCGCUUUUGCUCUCAGCACCACAGAUCUAUUGCAGGGAAGACGUCGAGGCCUCCUUUUCCUCGCGCUUCGCCGGCCUUUAUCUCCAGCAUUUCCUCGUCUCCAGCUCUUGCCGCUUCGAGCGUCCGAGCUCGCCACAAUGGGUCGCAUCACCAACCCCUACGUGCUGACGGCACUCGCCUGUACCGGCGGUCUGCUCUUCGGCUUCGACAUCUCGAGCAUGAGCGCUAUCAUCUCCUCGCCCAACUACCUCACCUAUUUCGGCCCCAAGGACCUGACCGUCGAGUGCCCCGACCGCCCCGGAGCCCUUUGCAACAUCGGUCCCAGCCCCAGUGUACAGGGUGGUAUCACGGCUUCCAUGGCCGGAGGUUCCUUCAUCGCCUCGCUCUUCUCCGGCAUUGUGGCGGACCGCUUUGGUCGUCGUUCUGCAAUCUUCCUUGGCUGCAUCCUUUGGGUAAUUGGUUCCAUUCUCACCUGCGCCGUUAAAAACAUCGGCAUGCUCAUCGUAGGCCGUAUCUUCAACGGCAUGUGCGUUGGUCUCGCCUCGGCUCAGGUGCCCGUCUAUCUCUCCGAGCUCUCGCCCGCCCGCAUCCGUGGUCGCCUCGUCGGCUGCCAGCAGUGGGCCAUCACCUGGGGUAUUUGUAUCUUCUUUUUCAUCUGCUACGGCUGCUCCUUUAUUGGCAAGCAGAUCGACGGUCAGCAGGACGGAAGAGGUACUGCUUCCUUUCGCGUGCCCUGGGGUCUCCAGAUGAUUCCCGCGCUUGUUCUGAUGGCUCUGGUCCCCAUGAUGCCCGAGUCACCCCGAUGGCUCAUUACCAUGGGCCGCAACGCCGAGGCCCUCGAGAUCCUCGGCCAGGUUCACGCGAGCGGAGACCAGAAUGCACCCGAAGUACAAGCCGAAUACAAAGAGAUCUGCCAGAACAUCGAGGAGAGCACCGGCGAAGGCUCUGGCUACAUUGACCUCUUCCGCAAUGGCAACGCCUGGAGGACCCACAUCGCCAUGUUCACGCAGAUCUGGUCGCAGCUUACUGGUAUGAACGUCAUGAUGUAUUACCUCUCGUACGUUUUCGAGAUGGCCGGAAUCACUGGCAACAUCGCUCUGAUCUCCAACGGCAUCCAAUAUGUCAUUAACGUCGUAAUGACCGUGCCGGCACUUCUCUACAUCGACCGAUGGGGCCGCCGCCCGACGCUGCUCAUCGGCUCCACCCUCAUGACCAUCUGGCUCUUCGCCGUCGCCGGUCUCAUGGGCAACUACGGCCAUCCAUUCCCCAAUUCGGGAAACUCGGUAGUCCAAUGGCAGGUCACUGGACCCGCAUCCAAGGCCGUCAUCGCCUGCUCCUACCUCUUUGUGGCGAGUUUUGCACCAACAUGGGGUCCAGUAUCCUGGAUCUACGUUCCCGAGCUGUUUGGGAAUCGUCUGCGAGGCAAGAGCAACUCGGUGUCGACCGCGAGCAACUGGGCUUUCAACUUCGCCCUUGGCUACUUCGUUCCGCCCGCAUUUCACAACAUCAAAUGGAGAGCCUACAUUGUCUUUGGCUGCUUCACGGUUGCCAUGACGAUCCACGUCUUCUUUGCCUUCCCCGAGACUGCUGGCAAGACGCUCGAGGAGGUCGACGAGAUCUUCCAGUCUGGUGUCCCCGCCUGGAAGACGCGCAAGGGUUCGGGCGCUCUCGCUCGCGACAUCGAGGCUGUCAAGGUCGGCAACGCCCCCGUCUUCACCCGCCAGGCCAGCACUCCCAGCGACUCGGCCGACGAGAAGGAGUUCAAGGCUUAA